AUGCCUCCAUUCCCAUCUCCCACCAAAAAAUGGCACACGGAUACCUAUCCUUCAAUUAGUCCACGGAGACCAGAAGUCUCGAUGGUAGGACGCAAAAUUGUUGUCACGGGUGGAGGAGACGGUAUCGGUGCAUCCAUUGCACGCUCCUUUGCCAAAGCUGGUGCAUAUAGCAUUGCUCUGAUUGGGCGAAGAAGACAAGUAUUGGAGGAAAACAAAUCCCAGAUUCUUGCCAUUUCCAGCGAUAUCAAAGUGCUGGUCCUCGUCGCCGAUAUUAGCAGUGCGGACGAUGUCAAUAAAGCAUUCCAGACUAUCAAGGAAGCUGUUGGGAGCCCUGAUGUGCUUGUCAGCAACGCCGCAUACUUCGCAGGUGCAUCGCCCAUCCUUGAAGAGACAGUCGAACAAUUUGCUUCCGCUGUGGAUACCAAUGUUAAGGGGCCAUUCUUCGUGCUUCGAGCUUUUAUGAGUGUUGCAAACCCAUCCCCAACCAUUGUCAGCAUUACAAGUGCCAUCGCUCAUGUGUCUUCGUCGAUCUUUCCUGGAUUUUCGGCGUAUGCCGCUACGAAAAUUGCCGGCUUGAGGAUCUUUGACUAUGCUCAAAGUGAGAACCCUGAUAUGCAUGUUGUUCACAUUCAUCCAGGACAGGUCAUGACCUCGAUGUCGAAGAAGGUGGGCAUGGAAGCCCCGAUUGAUACCGGUAUGUACGCCGCGGCGAAGGCCAAGCAGUUCUUGCCUCAUGGAAAAGGGUCCCGAAGACUAACUCUUAUAGUUGAACUACCGGCAGAUUUUGCUGUAUGGGCAGCUAGCCCGGAAGCUAAAUUUUUGAAGGGCAAAGUAGUUUGGGCGAAUUGGGAUGUGGACGAAUUGAAAGCAAGAGAGGAGGAAAUUGCAAACAGCAGCAUCUUUACUAUUGCUAUCGAAGGCUGGCCGUUUUUAUCUUGA